AUGAAGGUAAAUCUGAUGUUGAUGUUGAAUUUGGUGUUGGAUUUGACAUUCUUUGGCUUUGGUGUGGACUUUGGCGUUGGCAUUGGCCUCGACAUUGGUGCUGGUGCUGGUGUUGGCGUCGGCGUUGGCGUUAGAUUUGGCUUUUUGCGUUCAUCUUCCAGCUACAACAACCAGACCCACCGAUGGAAUCCAGUUGUCUGGUCUGAUGAUGCUGAUGAUGCUUGCCUGCUGCGAACCAGGCUUGCGAUCAGUAGGGAACAGGUAUUGUUACGGCACGGCUGUGAUCGAGGAUAG